GGAGGUGAGGAGGACUCGGAGCGGCUCGGCUGCGAGCGCGAGUACAAGCGAGUGGGUACGAGCGGAAUCUCGCACGGCGCGCCGAACAGUUCGAAUCCCGCUUCCCGCGACGACGUUCGCCCGCGUACUCUACCACGCUCGCCUCGCACGAAUUUCGAUCUUCGAUCAUGAUACGCGGACGGACGAAGACGUGCAGGUGAAACCGUGUGCCGCGCUGCCCGCCUUAUCUGCCUGUCUACCUGUCUUGCUUUCGUAGAGAACAAGGGAGACACGCGCGCCGAAGUGCCGUAAAACAGGAAAGAAGGAGGAGGAAGUCGAGGGGAUAUAAGUUGCGGAGAAACCGGGAUUUCGCCGGGAGGAUAUUUAAUUGGUGGUGACAAAGUUUGUGCGAGAAGCUUGUGGACGGUUUAAUCAGGCGUUUCCAGCUGGAUUCGAGCGGCAAAGAUGUGGCAGAACCUAAAGUGCGUCGAUGACUUCUUGAACCGUGCGUUUCACAAAUUAGGCCUCAUCGUCGGCCGACACCCCAGCUACUUCGUUAUCGUGCCUUUAUUGUUGGCUUGCAUAUGCUUCACCGGCUACCAGAGGAUACACUAUGAAAUCGACCCGGAAUACCUUUUCUCGCCCAUCAACGGGCCUGGCAAAACCGAACGAGCGGUAGUCGAGCAAUACUUUAAAGUCAACUAUAGCUAUCAUUUCGAUCUCAGUCGUAUCACCAGGCCAGGUCGGUUCGGUCAUGUUAUUGUAAUUCCCAAGGAUGGCGGGCAGAACGUGCUGAAGAAAGACAUUUGGCAGGAACUGGUGGUACUCGAUCAAAUCAUCAGGGACAUCAAAGCCGAAUACGAGGGUGAAACGUUCACUUACCAGCAGAUUUGCGCUAAAUGGCUCGACGAGUGUUUUGGGAAUAAUAUCCUAAGUUUGCAACUUAUAAUAGACCAAGUGGAAAAGGGGGAAAUCAGUCUCACGUUCCCGCUUACGAUUAAUCCGUCCACGUUGAGCCUUCUCGCGCUUCCGGUAUUCUUCGGCGGAAGCGUUAUCGAAGACGGCGUAAUAAAAUCGGUACCCUCGGUACAGCUCGCCUACUUCAUCACCGUCGACAGCCCGCGACAAGACGCAAUCGGUGCCGCCUGGGAGGAGGCGUUUCUGGAAGUCAUCGGCAAGGCCGAGGAUGGAGGUGCGUUCGAGCACAUUAGCAUCGCGAGAUUCGCCUCGAGAACCCUCGAGCUGGAGCUGGAGGCCAAUACGAAGACGGUCGUGCCGUACUUCACCAGCACGUUCAUCAUAAUGGGCCUGUUCUCGGUCGUGACAUGCAUGAUGACCGAUUGGGUGCGCAGCAAGCCUUGGCUCGGUUUGCUGGGUAACAUCUCGGCCGCCAUAGCGACAGUCGCUGCCUUCGGUUUAUGUAUGUAUCUGGGGAUAGACUUCAUCGGCAUCAACCUCGCAGCGCCGUUCCUAAUGAUCGGAAUAGGCAUCGAUGAUACUUUCGUCAUGUUGGCGGCCUGGAGGAGAACGAGCAUCAACAAACCGGUACCGGAAAGGAUGGCGGCAACGUUGAGCGAGGCAGCUGUUUCUAUCACCAUCACAUCCUUGACGGAUAUGAUAUCUUUUUUCAUCGGCAUUAUGUCGCCGUUCCCUUCAGUCAAAAUUUUCUGCAUUUACUCAGGUUUCGCGGUGGUCUUCACUUUUUUGUUUCACAUAACGUUCUUCAGUGGAUGCGUCGCAAUCAGCGGUUAUUGCGAACGGAAAAAUUUGCACAGCGUCAUUUGCUGCAAGGUGGAGCCUUUAUCCAAAUCCACUCAUCGGUCGUGGUUCUAUAGAGUACUAUGCUCCGGCGGAAUCGAUCCGGACAAUCCUCACAAUCCGAUCGAUAAUCCUGAACACGGAUGCAUGACUUGGUUUCGCGAUUAUUUAGCGACCGCGUUGAACUAUCGUCCCGUGAAAGGAUUCAUCAUCGUCAUUUUUCUAUGCUAUCUUCUCGGCGCCCUCUACGGACUUACAACCCUCCAGGAAGGCCUGGAACGACGCAAACUCUCGAAAGAGGAUUCCUACUCGAUCGCUUUCUACGACCGACAGGACAUUUACUUCAGGGAGUUUCCUUAUAGGAUACAGGUGGUGGUGACCGGCGAUUACAACUACAGCGACCCGGUGAUUCAAGAGCAGAUGGAGAACCUGACGAGGAGUCUGGAGGCGACCAAGUACAUAAGCAGCCAGCCGAUCUACACCGAGAAUUGGCUCCGCGACUUUCUCAGAUACAGGUCGACAGAGGAUAGUCCGAGCAUCGACAUCAACGACGAGAGUGAUUUCGUCAAGGUCCUGAAGAAGUACUGGCUGUACGAGAGCAGCCAAUAUUCCCUCGACGUCAAGUUCGACGACGAGAAGGAGAGGAUUGUGGCGAGCCGAUUCCUGAUCCAGGUGGUGAACGUGAGCGGCACCAAUCAAGAGAAGGACAUGGUGAAGGAGCUGCGCGGCAUCUGCAACGCGUCGCCCCUGAACGCCAGCGUGUUCCACCCGUACUUCGUCUUCUUCGAUCAGUUCGAGCUGGUGCGGCCCACCAGCAUCCAAUGCAUGAUCUUCGGCGCGCUCGUCAUGAUGUUCAUCAGCUUCAUCUUCAUCCCCAACAUCCUGUGCUGCCUGUGGGUCGCCUUCUGCAUCGUGUCGAUCGAGCUGGGCGUCGCCGGCUACAUGGCGCUCUGGGGCGUCAAUCUCGACAGCAUCUCCAUGAUCAAUCUGAUCAUGUGCAUCGGCUUCAGCGUCGACUUCACCGCGCAUAUUUGCUACGCCUACAUGAGCUCGAAGCGGACUCGACCGGAGGACCGGAUGAAGGAAAGCCUAUACAGUCUCGGCCUGCCGAUCGUCCAAGGCGCUACCUCGACGAUCCUCGGCCUGGUGGCGCUCUUGUUGGCCGGCACCUACAUCUUCCUCGUGUUCUUCAAGAUGGUCUUCCUGGUGAUCUUCAUCGGCGCGAUGCACGGUAUGUUCCUGUUGCCGGUGUUAUUGUCCAUCUUCGGGCCCGGUGCCUGCAACAGUCACCCGGACGAGCCCGAGGACGCGGAGAACGGGGCGCAGGAGAAGGAGCCGACGGGCAAGUUCCAGCAGCCCUUCGUGAUCCCGCAUCCUCAUCUAGUCUAUUACACCGGGGGCGCGGUCAAGCCGCUCCAGGACAGCCCGGCGACCAGCAUGGCGGCCUUCGAAGAGCGGGACCCCGGUCUGGGCACCAGCGAGGACAGCAACUCGACCGAGAGCGGCUCCUCGCAGAGCAGGAGACGCCAGUGCAAGCAGCAGGAGCAGCAGGAGCAGCAGGAACAGCCGGGUCAGGCUCGCCAUGAGAUGUGGAGGAGGUCGAUCGGCGUUCUUUACGGCCUGUCGCAGUUUCAGCCCGCGGCCGAAGAACCGCCGCACCCGGCGCCGGAUUAUCCCGGCGCCGUGCCGGAUAAUUCCCGGCCGUCCGGCGAGAACAGUAAUUCGCGAACGGUGCCUUACCUGGGGCCUUACAUCGUGUACCGUCAGCCGAGUCAGUUGCCGCGGGACUACAAACGCAGCAGAUCCGCUCACAAUCUGCAGCAUUCCGCGUCGACACGGUACCCGACGGAUCCACGGUAUCCCUAGGAAGAGGAAGGAGGAGAAUUUCGCGAGAGUGUAAAAAAGAAAUAUGAUAUCGACGCGACGAGAGAACGAAAUAGGAAGUCCCUCGGUCGAAUUCGGCCCCUUGAAGCAGGACGAUGGCGAUGAUCAGCUGAGAUAUCUCGUUAUCGUAAAGUCGGACGUACCCGAGAUAGCACAGUUAAUAUUCCAUAAAUGUUCUGUGAAUACAUUCGUUACGGAUAUUUAUAUAUUCAUAGAAUACAUUAAAGCAUUGUUGUAUGUUCUUGGUAAAUUCGGGUGACACUACCAUAAAUGUUCUACGAAGGUGCACAGAAUGUUUCAUCGAAGGCAUGUAGGUGUGCGUGAAGAGGUCCCGAAAAUAAAAGGCACACGAAAAUACCCAGCAAACACAAUGUAAUAUAUAACAUACCUGUUAAUUGUAAUUUUCUACUCAACAACGUAAUUAAUAUAUAACACGCGUUACAUGACAGUUGUAUUGUUAAGUAGGAAAUUACAAUCAACAGGUAUGUUACAUGUUACAUUGUGUUUGCUGGACAGUGUCUCAUGCGUGCACGCGCAGAUCUCAGUUUCCAAUUAGAUACGCAUGUCAUAGGCCGAUAUUUACAGUCAGACCUUAUGUUUAAGAUCAUCGUAAGUUUCUCUUCAGAUGCAUUGUAUAUGUAGAUACAACGCCAAUAAAAUAAUCCGUACAGCACUUGAAGAUGAACUUAGGAUGAUCUUGUAAAUACGAGAUCUUAUAUAAAUGCCGUCCAUAGUGUAUAUAUGCAUGUACAGGAUUAUCUUUUUUUUUUUUUUCAGUUGGAUUAAUGUACCGCACACGCAUGUUCAGUGAACUUUAUGAAUAUUCUAAGAACGUUCUUUUCCAUUCUGAAUAUACGAAUCUCUGCCUGCAAUAUUCUAUGUAUAUUCAUAGAAUAUUCGAUACGAACAUUCCGGAAUUUACGACAUUCGUAUUUCACACGAAUAUUCAUAGAAUAUUUUGCGCUAUCUGAGUAGAAUAAGUUACCAAAUAACACCAAUACGUUCUAAGACGUAAUAACAGUAAUAAAGAUGUCUUUUGGACAUACGUGUUGUUUGAUGAUUAGGACAAUGCGAUAACACGAAGGGAGAGCAGAAAAUGCGGAAAGAAACGCGAAGGAGUGAGAAUCAAUAUCGGCUGAAAGACCGGGCUCGUCUUUUUAAAUAGCACGAAAUAUUCUAUAAAUAUUCUUAUGAAUGUUCUUAAUCCUAGAAUAUUCGAAUCGGAUAUUCUAUGAAUACACAUAGAAUAUUGUAGACAGAGAUAUUCGUAUAUUCGUAAUGAAAAGGAACGUUCUUAGAACAGUCGUAAAAUUUAUUUAUUACGCACGUGCCAUGCAUCUAACUAAAGAAAAGUAAUUUUCCGGAAUUUACGACAUUCGUAUAAAGACAAUCCUGUAUAUAAGUACACACACGUGACUUAAUUGAAAACCGAGAGAAAACUGCUUUCGUGUGUCUUUUAAUCCCAGAACCUGUCUACGACAUUCGAUGAAAUAUUCUAUAUAUAUUAAUAGUGUCAUUCGAAUAUAUUAAGAACAUAUGAAUGUGUGUUUUCUGCAUAUUCUAUGAAUGUAUAAAUAUUCGUAACGAAUAUUCAUAGAACAUUCAUAGAAUAUUCCUGAACUAUCUGGGUUAGAGUUGUACGGCUCGCGAUGUUUCACAGGGGCCUGAAUUUCCAGAGCCGGAGUUCAAUGAUGUGAUCUUGAAGACUUUUUAUACAAUAAUAAUGCUUAUUACGAAAUAAUAGCGGGUUUAAGCGGCGUGAAAAUUGUGUGACAUUACGUUUGUAGAUGAUAUCUUGCGAUAUCGAUGCUUGAACAUUACUUGAGGAACGAGCUAUCGUAGCAGGUUGUUCACAAGGGAGAUGUGUGAUGUCCAACCAAGUAGGUGUGAUGCACCGAAACAGUAACGGCAUUCUUUCCAAAGAAUUUAGGGAAUGUGAACGCUCUAUCAUCAUAAGCUAUAGUCGCAAAGGCGGAUCUGUCAAAUCUUAAAUUUCCCGAGACUUAUCGAUUCCGAAAUCUUUAGUGUCCUAAAUUCCCAUAUACACACACACAUACACACACACACACGUCCAUAUUGUUACCAUAUAUAUGAUUACACGAUAUUAUAGCCGUGUAGCACUGACUGUAGCUAUUCGAUCUUAAGUUUCGCUCAUCUAGUAUGAGCGAAGCGAGCACAAAAUAAGAAUUAGAUAGACACACAUAGUGCCAGAUAUAUGGUAAAAAUACGGGAUAUAAAUCAUAACAGCUACUAGUUUUCAAUCACUUGAAUUGAUUCAUGUGUUAACUUUAUAUUUGAAUAAAUCAUUCGAUUCCGACCGGUAACGUGGAUCCUUAUUCGGCGAGAAGUGACUCAUCCAAUUGGCGUCGAUUCGAUGUUCAUUUCUCGUUGAGUAGAUCCUUGGAUUAUAAUUCGAUAUCAAUGUAUUGAUGCAUUCCUCUAUUGUCACAGAUUCCAAAUAAUACAAAACGUCGGAGAAUCAUCCCGAAUGUAUCAGGUAUGUUCUGGAAAGUGCCUUAGGACGUCCCGGUGUAUCCAGAAUGAUCUCAGGACGUUUUCUGUUAUUCUGACGUUCUUUACUUUUGUGUUGGCGUACAUAUUUUAUGUCGCCCCUUUCGCAGCCAAAGGAUCAAUUUUGUAGCACUCGUGUUGUGCAAUUCUUUCUGUGUAAAGAUAAUGCGCUCAUUCGAAAGGAUAGAGCCAGGAUGACGAUAACUCGUUCGAGCUCACGUUAGUUGCUAAGGAUAGCUCAAACCGAAUGAUAUAAUGUAGUAUAUAUAAAAAAUACAUACAUAUAUAUAUAUACAUAUAUACAUAUUCAUAUAUGCUCAAUAUAUUAAUCAAAACCAAAAUAUGUCUCGCGACACAACAAUUAAUUAUACAAGGCGAUCUUGUUCAAUCGACAUACGAAUUGUUCCCGUCUCAUGUCGAGAAGCAUGUUGUGCCUUAAACAAUUAGCAGUUUGUCGUAGGAUAAGUCGGACAAUUUAGUUUGGCAGAUAGUUGGAGCAAUGUUACAUGGGAAACAAAAACUUAUUCAGAAAUAGUAAAGCUUCUUACUGUUUCUCAAAUAGUUGUAGCUCGAAAGUUAUUUACCGCGUCUUGCGGACAUUUGACAGGUAAUAUUAAGGGUUGUCAAUAAUAUUAACUCUGGAUUAACAUGUUUAGGAAGCGUCGUAAAAAUAUCUUAAAUUCCUAAGGCAGUUUUCACACAGAAAUGUUUUUCUGGACAUAUUUUAUUUGCGAGUUUUCGCGCUGUUCAAAAAUCUGUUCAACUGUUUAUCUCAUAAUAGAUGUGGAAUACUCAGGAAGGAGUUAAGAAGUUGUCCUUAACGAGCGUUUCACUCAACAAAUGAGCUAUUCAUUAUGUUACAAGAAUGAACAGCAAUUACAAUUACUUAUCUUAGGGUGAGAUAGUAACGAAAAUACAUGCGGAUAAAUAUAUCUGAAGAAGUCUUUUCACAAUUAACGAUGUACAGAUAACUCCUUCUUCGCUUUGCGAUUUCAGAGUGCGUGUUUCUUUUUCAUAUUUAUGAAUGCGAGAGAGAGAGAGAGAGAGAGAGAGAGAGAGAGAAUAAGAGAUAAAUGAUAUUGUAAUUAAUGAUAAACAUGACGGUUUGUUGUUAUUAGAAAGAACAAUUCAUAUAGAAAAUAUAUUCUGGCAAGAAUCUUUUAAA